CCUUGCGGUUGGCGCGAAAGUCGGUUCCUGUCCUCUGCGAUUUCCGGGUUCAGUCGUUUUUGUUCAGGGCUGGGGGCGCCGCCGGAUUUGGGGGGGCGCUGUGCGGCUGUUUGGCGCCCGACCCCAGCUGCUGUCCUGCUGGCCGCGCCCCCCCCCAACUUGCUGUCUUAAGAUCCCCAGGCUUCAUCGAGGCGAGUGAGGACCCAGCACACUCGCCGUCCCUUCCGGGAGUCGCGGCACUUCCUAUCUGGUUCAACAAUGUCCACAAAUAACAAAGAACCGUUUCUUGUGAAGUUUUUAAAGUGUUCAGACAAUUCUGAGUGUUUUUCUAAAGCCCUUGAGUCAAUGAAAGAAUUCCAAUCAGAAGAAUAUCUUCAAAUUAUUACUGAAGAAGAGGCAUUGAAAAUAAAGGAAAAUGAUAGAUCUCUUUAUAUCUGUGACCCUUUUAGGGGUGCUGUCUUUGAUCACCUUAAAGAGCUUGGCUGCAGAAUUGUUGGUCCCCCAGUUGUCUUAUUUUGUAUCCACUACCAACAGUGUGUCCCAAGAGCUGAAUAUCCAGUUUAUAGUAUGGUUAUGUCUGAUGUAAACGUAUCUUGUACAAGUCUGGAUAAAGAGAAGAGGGAGGAAGUUCAUAACUGUGUGAAAAUGAUGGGUGGACGAGUAUACAGAGACCUUAAUAUAUCAGUAACUCACCUUGUUGCAGGAGAAGUUGGUAGCAAAAAAUACUUAGUUGCUGCAAAUCUAAAGAAACCUAUUUUACUUCCUUCUUGGAUAAAAACACUUUGGGAGAAGACACAGGAGAACAAAAUAACUAGAUAUACCGAUAUAAACAUGGAAGAUUUCAAAUGUCCUAUUUUUCUUGGUUGUGUGAUCUGUGUGACCGGUUUGUGUGGCUUCGACAGGAAGACAGUUCAGCAGCUCACAAUCAAGCAUGGAGGCCAGUACAUGGGACAGUUGAAAAUGAAUGAGUGUACACAUCUGAUCGUGCAGGAACCCAAAGGUCAGAAAUACGAAUGUGCCAAGAGAUGGAAUGUACACUGUGUGACCACACAGUGGUUUUUUGAUAGUAUUGAAAAAGGUUUUUGUCAAGAUGAGUCUAUAUACAAAGCAGAACCUAGACUAGAAGCAAGGACUCUGCCUGAUACUUCAACUCCCACUGGUCAGAUCAGCACGAAUGAUAGCCGUACUCUUUCAGACGUCAGCCACAUUUCCAACAUAAAUGGAAGUUGUAUAAUUGAAUCCAUGUGCAGUUCAAUUCUUAAUAGCAAAUUGGAGCCUACACUUGAAAACCUAGAAAAUCUGGACAUCAGUGCAUUUCAAGCACCUGAAGAUUUAUUAGAUGGUUGUCGGAUAUAUCUCUGUGGCUUUAGUGGCAGAAAGCUAGAUAAACUAAGAAGGCUAAUUAACAGUGGAGGUGGAGUUCGUUUUAAUCAGCUUAAUGAAGAUGUAACUCAUGUUAUUGUGGGAGAUUAUGAUGAUGAAUUGAAGCAGUUUUGGGAUAAAUCAGCCCACAGGCCUCAUGUAGUGGGAGCAAAGUGGUUGCUGGAGUGUUUUAGUAAAGGUUAUAUGCUUCCUGAAGAAAUGUAUAUUCAUGCUAGCUACAAGCCAGCAGAAAUUCCAUUUUCAGAUCAGCCAGAGAGUAAAACAACUCUUUCAAAAAAGAACAACAGCAGCUUCUCUAAGAAAGACUUUGCUCCUAGUGAAAUACGUGAACAAGCUGAUGAGGAUCUACUCUCUCAGUAUGUAAACAAUGACUCCACAGUAGUGGAAGCUAACAAGUCCGAGACUGCAGAGUCUGACAUUGGGCACUGUAAUGGUUCUACUCAUGUUGAGCCCUUUAAUGAUUCUACGCACAUUUCUCUACAAGAAGAGAAUCAGUCUUCUGUCAGUCGUUGCAUCCCUGAUGGUUCUACAAUUACUGAGGAAGGCUUAUUUAGCCAAAAGAGUUUCCUUAUUUUGGGUUUUAGUCAUGAAAAUGAAUGCAGUAUUGCAAGCAUCAUAAGAGAAUAUGCUGGAAAGAUUGUAUCCCGUCCUAGCAGAGUCAUUGCCGAUUAUGCUGUGGUACCUUUGCUGGGAUGUGAAGUAGAGGCAACUGUGGGAGAGGUUGUUACAAACACAUGGCUGGUUACUUGUAUAGACUAUCAGACUUUAGUUGAUCCAAAGUCAAAUCCUCUCUUCGCACCAGUCCCAGUAAUGACAGGAAUGACUCCUUUAGAGGAUUGUGUCAUUUCAUUCAGCCAGUGUGUUGGAGCAGAGAAAGAUUCUUUGAUAUUCUUAGCAAAUCACCUUGGAGCAAGUGUUCAAGAGUACUUUGUUCGCAAAUCCAACACAAAGAAAGGCAUGCUUGCUAGUACACAUCUUAUACUGAAAGAACCAGUUGGUUCUAAAUAUGAAGCUGCAAAGAAGUGGAAUUUACCUGCAGUCACUAUCACCUGGCUGUUGGAAACUGCUAAGAUGGGAAAGAGAGCAGAUGAAAGCCAUUUUCUGAUUGAAAAUUCAUCUACAGAAGAACAAAGACUGGAAACUAAAAUAACAAAUGGAGAGACUCUGAAUCCAGAUACAGUGCAUCCUGCCAUGCAUAGGGAACCUUUCAGAAAAAUGGCCGUCACACCUUUGGAUAUGAACUGCUUUCAGAGCAAGGCUUUCCGUACUGUGCUGUCACAGCACACCGGGCAGGCUCCUGCCGCCCCAGCAGUAGGAAAGCCACUUCAGAAGGAGCCCUCGGUACACCUGGACACACCAUCAAAGUUUCUGUCUAAGGACAAGCUCUUCAAGCCUUCCUUUGAUGUGAAGGAUGCACUUGCAGCCUUGGAAACACCAGGAGGUCCCAGCAAACAGAAGAGGAACCUGAGUCCGCCGCUCUCUGAAGUCAUUGUCAGGAAUCUGAAACUUGCUGUGGCGAACAGCUCUCGAAAUGCUGUUGCUCUUUCUGCCAGCCCUCAACUGAAGAAUACCCAGACAGAAAAGGAGGAAGCUCGGAAGCCACUGCACAAGGCCGUGGUGUGUGUGAGUAAAAAGCUGGGGAAGAAGCAGAGUGAGCUCAAUGGCAUCGCCGCCUCUCUGGGGGCCGAUUACAGGUGGAGUUUUGAUGAGACAGUGACACAUUUCAUCUAUCAAGGCCGGCCAAAUGAUAGCAGUCGAGAGUAUAAAUCUGUGAAAGAAAGAGGAGUACACAUUGUUUCAGAGCACUGGCUUCUAGAAUGUGCCCAGGAAUACAAACAUCUUCCCGAAUCCCUUUAUCCUCAUACUUACAAUCCCAAAAUGAGCCUGGACAUCAGCGCAGUGCAGGAUGACCGGCUCUGCAAUGGUCAGGUGCUUCCAGCUGUUUCCACAAUAAAGGCCAGUGAGCUAGAUCAUUUGCCUAUAGAAGAAAAUGAUGCAGACAAUAUGACUACUAGUAACAAAGAAUCUACACUGUCAGAUGGAAGUGGAAGGAAUGAUUCUAAAGGAGCUCUGACACAGACCUUGGAGAUGAGAGAGAACUUCCAAAAGCAGCUGCAGGAGAUAAUGUCUGCAACCUCCAUAGUGAAACCCCAAGGACAGAGGACUUCCCUGUCAAGAAGUGGUUGUAACAGUGCCUCUUCCACCCCUGAAAGCACUCGCUCCACUCGAAGUGGGCGGAGUAGAGUCCUAGAGGCACUGAGGCAGUCUCGUCAAGUAGCAUCUGAUGCUAACACAGAGCCCUCCCAGAAUGAACAGAUCAUCUGGGAUGACCCCACAGCGAGGGAGGAGAGAGCAAGGCUGGCCAGCAAUUUGCAGUGGCCUAGUUGUUCCACACAGUACUCAGAGCUUCAGGCUGAUGUUAAACAGCUGGAGGAGUCUCCUUUUCAAGAGCCUUUAUGUGAUUCAAAAACUGUUGAAAAAGCUGUCUGUGACCCUGGAAACAAAUGUGAGACUGAAGCCCCAAAACAUCCAACCUCUGAGGAAAUGGAAACUCCAGCAAAGGAUGAUCACUUGAUCCCUACACCUCAGGCCCCAAGUAUUGCCUUCCCCUUGGCCAACCCACCAGUGGCUCCACACCCUAAAGAAAAGGUUGUAACAAUAGAGGAGACUCAUGAAGAAUUAAAAAAACAGUACAUAUUUCAGUUGUCAUCUCUGAAUCCUCAAGAACGUAUUGAUUAUUGUCAUCUGAUUGAAAAACUAGGUGGGUUAGUGAUGGAGAAGCAGUGCUUCGACCCCAGCUGUACACACAUUGUUGUGGGACAUCCACUGCGAAAUGAGAAGUACUUAGCUUCUGUGGCGGCUGGGAAGUGGGUGCUUCACCGCUCCUACCUGGAAGCAUGCCGGACCGCUGGCCACUUCGUGCAGGAAGAAGAGUAUGAAUGGGGAAGCAGCUCCAUACUUGAGGUUUUGACUGGCAUCAGCGUUCAACAGCGAAGACUAGCGCUUGCAGCAAUGAGGUGGAGAAAAAAGCUCCAGCAAAAGCAAGAAUCAGGCAUUGUUGAGGGAGCAUUUAGCGGGUGGAAGGUUAUCUUACAUGUUGACCAGUCCCGAGAAGCAGGCUUCAAGCGUUUGCUUCAGUCAGGAGGAGCAAAGGUGCUACCGGGUCAUUCGCUGGCUUUAUUUAAAGAGGCCACACAUCUCUUUUCUGACUUUAAUAAACUGAAACCGGAUGACUCAGGAGUUAACAUAGUGGAAGCUGCUGCCCAGCAUGUGUACUGCUUGAGGACAGAGUACAUUGCCGACUACCUUAUGCAGGAAUCUCCUCCUCCUGUAGAAAAUUACUGUCUACCAGAAGCUGUUUCAUUUCUUCAAAAUAAUAAGGAACCUGGACCUGGCUUAUCACAAAAGAGAAAAGCUUCUGCAGAGAAAAAUAAAGUCAAACGAUCUAGAAUACACUAAUCAACUGCUCUUCGGUUACCAAACAUCCAAUGUUUAAGUUAAUGGCCUGAAUGUUACUGUGAUGGAUUUCUGUAAUAAAGACAAGUGCCUAAAGAAUUGUUCCAGAAAGUAAUGAUGAUCCCAAUUGAAGUUUUUAACACCUGGAAUUCAAUCACUGAAUACUGUUCCUUAAUUUUUUUAAAAAAAAGUUACGUGUAAAGUACGAUUCCUUAGCUAGGUUGUUUUUAAAACACACAGAUGUUUAUUUUUCUCAAACAUCUGAGGCUGUAGCUCAGUGGAAUUUGCAUGGUGAUGAGAUGUGCUCCAAAAUAUCAUUUAAUUCAUGAAAACAAAAGUUGUCAAUUGGGGUUUUUCAUGUUUCCUUGAUUUUACUCUUUAAUAGGCACCUGAGCACAGGGUUAAAGAGAAACGUGGGGCUUUAAACCUAUAUACAUGUUUUGUAUAUAUGUAUAUGUAUGUUUGUAUAAACUUCCAUGAUGUUUGCAACUUCGGGCACCAAAACUUGGAAAUGUGACAAUAAAGAAUAAAAACAAUAACUCAAA